AGAGCAAUGCAGUCAGAGGCCUCUCAAUAGAAUUGACAAGUCAUUCUGUCACCGCCCACUUCUCUUAUUUCUCCCUCGUGUUUUUCUUCCUGGUGUCAAGACAAUCUUUCAGCCCCUCCUUCUCUUUAAACAGAUUUCACACUGAUUAGUGAGAGGGGAGAAACCAUGUGGAAGUCACAUGAAUCCCGACGAUGAGGCGUAAACAACUGGGAGGAAACCAGAGGAGCGCUGCACUGCCUCACAAACGCUCAACCACGGUCAGGGACGAGGCUCGCCACUUCUAAAACAAGGGGUGCACCCCCUUUCCCUCCUCCUCUUCCUCCUCCUUCCCCCUUCCUCCUGCCCCCCUCCUUGGAACGCGCCAUGAACUCUACUACCCAGCCUCCCUCCAUCGCAGACAAAGAUGUGGCGGUGGGCUACGUGCUGGUCCCCCUCUUCCUCGUCACCAUCAUCGGAAUUGUGACAGCAGUGGUGCUCUACAUACGGAGGAAGCGAAGGCUCGACCGGCUUCGACACCAGCUGCUCCCAGUUUACACAUAUGACCCCUCAGAAGAGGUGAACGAAGCCGAACAAGAAAUGCUCUGGAGGGAGGAGGACACUAAGGUGGUGCAGAGCUGGGUGAGAAGCUACCAGCAAGAGCGCCCUCUGUUGAUGAAAGAAGCUCAAGGAUGAAGAGGGGGAGGGCAUCCAUUGAAAGCAUUUCAGCUGCGCAUUGUGGACGACACACACUCUGGUGUCCACCAUCAGGGAGGAUCCCAGGUAUCUUCUGAGGGGCAGGGUUGUUGCACUGCGGGCAUCUUGCCUGACCACCACCCUGUGUCUUUCUUAACCCCACAAAGUCCUCAUCUCAUCACAUCACCUCUCAUUUUCUCACUUCAUUUAAAUCGAGUCUCAUCUCAGGACUCAAAUAACCACUGCUGGCACGCAUCACUGUAUAUAGUUACAACUUUCUGUUCGUGGUACAUUUGCUGUGUUGGUUGCAUUUAUUGUAUUUUAUUUGUGUUAUGUUUGUUUGUUACAAGUUUAUUUAUGGAAUGUUUUUAUCUUGUGUUAAUGUGUUGCUGACUACUGAAACCUGAGGAAUACCUUUUUAAGCAUAGGCGUGGUUAGGUAGUUUACACUGAUGAAAAUUGUAACAUAACUAUAUAAAGACGCACCUUAAUAUAUCCCUCGUCAGGCACAGUGUGUGCGACAGGGCUUCUCUGCCAAUGUGAGGUGAAGUGUCAGAAGUGAAAUGAAGUGUCCUUCUGAAUGCAAUCAGAUAACAGACAUUCAUUCCCACAUGAGAAUUUCUCGAUGUUAGCUGGUAUUGAAGCCAGAAGUCAUAAAUAUUUUUUCUGGGACUAUUUUUUGACAAGAUCUAGUGGCCUUGAAGGAGACUGAGAGGGGAGGUGACACUGGAUUGGAUUUAGCCCUAAUGUGGCGGGCCAGGGCAAGAUCAGAAUCAGCAGGUGUGGUCAAGUGAGGUACCACCUGGAGAGAAAGGGUCCCGUGUCCCUGAAGGACUUUAUUUGUGUGUUUUCCUUCCUUUUUUGGCCCUACUGUCCUUCCGUGUCUCUAUUGACCGUGACCCAUGUUUGAGUGCUGUGCUUUGCUGUGACUAGCUCUGGAGGAAUGUCCUGCUGAGGGCCAUCUCAUUUAGAGCCUCAUAAGGAUGGAUGUAGCCUCCGCUUUGUGGCAUACCAGUGGGCUGAGUGGGCCCAGCAAUCAGGAAAUGUCUUUCUGCAAGGAACCAAGAACAGAAUAACAAAAUCAUCAUAAUUAAGUGACUCACCUUGUUCAAAAGCAUUCUUCAGCUUUUCUCCCCAAAGUGAACAUGAUUGCUAUGCUUAUUUAUGAAAGGAAAAAAUGACUAUAUGUGUAGUUCUUUUGGCUGCCAUGGUGGUCAGAUGCUAAAAAGACUUGCACCAAAAAAGACAUCCAUGUGCAAGUGUCCGCAUAAGACACACCAUGAAGGUUGCUAAAAGAGAGCUUAAGCUAUUUAAGGCUACUGCUGAACUUCUCUCAUGCUGGAUACUUCUGCUGAGUGAACAUGAAGGCUCAUCUCAGCUUUGCACUGCAGUCCCCGUGACAUCCACAAGAGGGCCUGGAUGCACAGGAGCCAUGCAAAAAAAAAAAAAAAACGCAGCCUUUGAUUGUAACUGGUCUUGCUUUAGAUGUAUUGUGAUGAAUCUGCAAAUGAAACUGUGUAAGAUGCACCUAACUGUUUACAGAGUUAUGGGUCUAAAGCUCUAGCAAGCAAUAAGGACAUUUGAGCUAAACUGUAUUUAUGUUCUAAGAUGCAAUAGUUGACUUAAUUUGAUUGUUCUAAAAGAAAAGGUAAUGACUCACCAUGUAUCUGGUCCUUAAACCAUACACAUAUGUCUGAAUUACUUUGGCACAUUUUGUGAAACAUUUAAUUUUUUUAAAAACCUUUUUUGUAAAUCACAUUAUAAUUUGUCUGUAGCCGAGUAUGAUGUUGUAGUGGUUUACCCAUCUUCCAUGAGGAGGUCAGUCAUUUUUCAUAGCCCAUAUUGUGUAGAAUGCAUCUGGAAGACUAAAAGGUUCAUCGUAUGAAGUGUCCAGUUGGACUUUUGCUCUUAAUUUAGGCAGGUGAUAGCAAGCUGCUAUAUGAUAUUUUGGAUAAGUGAACCUCUUCAUUGGCUUCAAUGUACUAGCAGUUUUUUUAGUUUAUGGAGUCCUUACACCAAACAACUUGGACAAGAUCUGGGAAAGAUUCUUGAAAGAUUGUAGUGUUUUGAGUAAAGCUUGAAGUUUAAGUUGAAAGACUACAAUCUUUCAAGAAUCUUUCCCAAAUCUUGUCAAAGUUAUUUGGUGUAAGGUGGCCAUUAGGUAAUACCAUACCACUUUGAUAUUAACAAAUGACAAAUUUUCUUCCUUUUUCAUACAAUUUCAACAAUGUCAACAAGAAUUGUGCCAAAGUAAUUUAAAGACUGUGAGAUGCAUUGUUGCAAUACAACCUAAUGCUUGUCAUGCCAAUGCAAUAAAACUCACAACUGCAGCAGAUCAAGCAUGACUGCCCAUAUCCAAAAUAUCUUGAUUCGGUGAAUCCAGGCCCUUUGCAGCACGUGACACUUGAAUUUUUAUAUGAGUAGUAAUGUAUGUAAAAAUAAAUAAAAUAUCAAUUGUUUUUAAAA